UUUUUUUUGUUAAAGCGACAGGCUGUCUAGACACCCACGUGAUGGGCCGCGCCAUUGCGCACAGGAGACUGACAGAGCCGAGAGAGCCGGGGAGAGAGAGAGACAGGCACAGACAGGGGAGGGGGAAGUGAGAGACAGUCAGGGAGAGAGGAGGGGCACUGACAGCAAUGAGCAGGGUGAAGUCCCUUGGUAACUGGGUGCUGUGAGUGUGAGCUUUGUGGACACAGCACCCCCCCAGUAGAGUGUAGGUGCCCCAGUGAACCCCCAUAGCCGGCCCUCGUUAGCGGAGGGAUACCAGUCCUCUCCCCGCUGCCCCUCGCCGUGUCUCCGCUGUGCGGCCGGUCCCUCCUCCUCUCCCCCCCCCCUCUCCCCAUCGCACAUUUCCAUAACACAGACGGGGGCGGAUCAGCCCUUUGAGAAGGAGGAAAAGACAAGUCCCACUUUAUUUUUUUCCCCUCUCUCCUACUGAGCGGCCGGAUAAAGGAUUUUUCUUGUGGAUUAAACAAGCGAGAGGCGCAACCCAGGGCUUCUACUUCUUUACUGGAACCGCAUCGCGUACGGAUUAUCUAUAAGGUUCUGCCGCCCUAGUGCCCCUACUCUCUGCCCAUUUGCCCCCCAUACACAAGGGAUAUUAUCGGCAGACCCGCUCGUUUGUGGAUGUACGAGUUGUGGGGGGAGCCCGCUUUCCUACCGGGAGGAUUGUGUAUAAAUGCCCUUUAGAUCCCAGGCCAAGCCGGGCAGCGCUCUGUGCUCCAUUCAAUGCCCCGCUGCUCCCGGCUCGGCUGCCCAGCAUUAGCCCGCUGUAUGUGUAGCCGGGGCGGCUGCUUGCCGUUUGCAGUAUUCCUGUCGCUGCGACUCGGAUCCCCCCGCCGCACUUUGCAGGAUCUCUUCCCCUAAAAGACUGGCGCAUGUUCCAGAUCGCUUUGGCUUGUCGGACCCCCAGCUCCCCCCUACCCUCCCGGGCUGCUGCUGCUGGUCUCUGCCCGGCCUCGGAUCCAGGAUUCUUCAUGAUUUGCGGGCGUCAUGCACGUUGUUUAGCCGGGAAGCCUUGCUCUCGUCCCGCAUGUUCAGGACCAAACGAUCGGUGCUCGUCCGGCGACUCUGGAGGAGCCGAGCUCCCGGGGAGAGCGGGGAAGGGGAAGGCGGGGAGAGGGUUCAUGGAGCCGGGGGUUGCUGCCUGGGCAAAUCGGCGAAUAAGGUGCCCGGGAAGGCGCUGGGGGGCUCGGAGGCUGCAGAACUGAAAGCCCUCGCCCACUCCGUGCUGAAGAAGCUGAAGGAGAAGCAGCUGGAGGGGCUGCUGCAGGCGGUGGAGUGUAAAGGGGGAGCCCGCAGCCCCUGCCUGUUGCUGCCGGCGGCCAAGCUGGACUCCAGGCUGGGGCAGCAGCCCUUCUCCCUGCCGCUGCUGCUCUGCAAGGUCUUCAGGUGGCCGGACCUCAGGCACUCGUCCGAGGUCAAACGACUUAGUUGCUGCGAUUCCUAUGGCAAGAACAACCCGGAGCUGGUCUGCUGCAACCCGCACCAUCUCAGCAGGCUGUGCGAACUAGAAUCUCCCCCACCUCCCUACACCAGAUACCCCAUGGACUUUCUCAAACCGACUGCGGAUUCUCCAGACUCUGUCCCUUCCUCCACAGAAACAGGGGGAACAAAUUUUUUGGCCCCUGAGGGGCUUUCAGCAGAUUCCCAACUUCUUCACGAGACUGGGGACCCGUCCCACUGGUGCGUGGUGGCGUAUUGGGAAGAGAAAACGAGGGUGGGUCGCUUAUACUCUGUCCAAGAGCCCUCCCUGGAUAUCUUCUAUGAUCUACCUCAAGGGAACGGCUUCUGCCUUGGGCAGUUGAACUCGGACAAUAAAAGUCAGUUGGUGCAGAAGGUCCGCAGCAAAAUCGGAUACGGGAUCCAGCUGACCAAGGAGGUCGACGGCGUGUGGGUCUAUAACCGCAGCAGUUACCCCAUCUUCAUCAAGUCUGCCACACUGGACAACCCGGACUCUAGGACGUUAUUGGUCCACAAAGUGUUCCCUGGAUUUUCCAUCAAAGCGUUUGACUACGAGAAGGCUUACAGUUUGCAGAGACCCAAUGACCACGAGUUCAUGCAGCAACCAUGGACCGGAUUUACUGUACAGAUAAGCUUUGUCAAAGGCUGGGGCCAAUGUUACACGAGACAGUUCAUCAGCAGUUGCCCGUGCUGGCUGGAGGUGAUAUUCAAUAACCGGUGACUCGGAGACGAGCGGACAUCUGGACUCUCAACUACUUUGCUGCUAAUAUUUCCUCCUGAGUGCUUGCUUCUUCAUGCGGACUCGCUCUUUCUUUGUUUUUACGUCAUUUUUUUUUUUUGUUGUUGUCGUCGUUCGUUUUGAGAAAUAGCUUAUGUCAAGAAUGACCUUUUCCCUGUUCUAUUCUUUACCCGAGUGAAUGACUUCCGGCCAAGCUUGCCCCCGGGUAGGGGAUGGGUGUUUGGGCAACGCGUGGAGUGUGCUUGUAAUGUUUUUUUUGGGGGGGGGGGGAAAUCGACCGCUUUCUUGUGCAAUGAGUAGACAAUAUUUUUGUGGGGGAGGGGGCCGAGUGAUGCAGAAUUAAGUUCAGUAUUUUGUCAUUUUAUUUUUGCAUAUGGGUGACCACUGCUUACACCUCACGUCUCUUCGUUUCUGCCCGGCACGCUUUAUGGGGUAUGAAGUGGGCGACUUUAGAGCAACAUCUAAGGUGCUUUUAUUGGUUAGUUGCAGGGAUAAAUGGAUGCUGAUGUUGUUGCUUAGCAACAGCAGUGACAGUGAUAAUAAUAAAGGCACCUUAGGCUGCUCCGCUACUGUUCCUGCUAUCCUAUAGCCAAACAAGCACUGCAGACUCUUCAGACCAAUGUCUUUUAUUCACGACUGGUAAUUAUACAUUUCACACGGAACGCUCUCCGCCUCGACUCCCCCCGACCCGACUGCUUUGAGGUGUAAACAUUAUUGCUUAGUCUGAUUUGCAGUGAUCUGUCAUAUGUCUCUAUCAAGACCAAACCAAAAAAAAAACUGCCAUUCUGAUACCUGACUCCCCCCCCCCCCCUCAACCCUUUUUUUUUCUUUUUGCCCCUAAAAUAAAAUAAUCCAAUGUAUUGGGUCAGGACAUGUGGUUUGUUGUUUUAAACAGACCAUUACAAGAUAACUGCCCAACUCCGUGUUAUUUCAGUCCCCUUAGUGGAAAGGGUUAACACAUUAUUUAUUUAUAUUUUUUAUUUUCUUGCAUGUGUAUAUUCUGUGAUCAUCAGAAUUUCAGGCAUCACCCCUAACUCCUUCACUGCCAGAGGUGCCUUUGGCAGUAAAGGAGUUAAUUCCCUGACUUCCUGAUCUCCAUUUGAAUACAUGGGGUGUGGGAUCAGACGGAGGGUAGUCUCUUAUGGGUUAAUAAGAAGUUGUGACCUCAGAUUUCAUUCUGGAAAACCUGAUUGGUUGCUGGUUUGACAUCCCACCAUAAAACAAAUGUGGCGUUAAACCAAUACACCCCUGUUCCUUCGCUCCGGGUGUAAGUGAACUACAACUCCCAGCAUUUUUCUAUCAUUAAAUUUGUUGAAGAAUUCUGGGACUUGUAGUCCAACAUCAUCUUGGGAGCCAAGGUUAGCCAACAGGGCUAUAUGAAAGACUAGUAAGGGACUAUGCUCCAAGGCCCGCAUCCCUGCAAAGGGAAGACACAGAGUAUACGGAACUCACGAAUAUGUCUGAGACGAAACAAUACAGUAUUUGCUCUAUACUUUCUUCUCCUUAUAAGGUACACGUUAUGCACAGGGAAGGGUUAAAUUCGUGUUUUUUUUUCUCGUUCAUUUCUUCUUAAUAUCAUACAAUGGAGUGUGGUAACGUUAGCAUUUUCCUAGCUCAGUGAGCAUGUUUAACAUAAGCUAUUUUUCUAAAUCCCGAAGUUUAAAUGAUCAAGAAAAAAAGAAAAGCACUCUUUGGAACUUACGCAUCGUAGUGCUUCGGAAAAAAAGAAAACGGAAAAAAACGUUUCGAAAAACGAAAAAAAAAAAGGACUCCUUAAAAAAAAAAAAACUGAGAUUUAUUAAAAAAAAUUGUAUUUUAUGUUAUAUAUAAAUAUAUUAUUACUUGUAAAUAUAAAAGACGUUUUAUAAGCAUCAUUAUUUAUGUAUUGUGCAAUGUGUAUAAACGAGAAAAAUAAAAAAGAUGCACUUUGCUUAAUAUAAAUGCAAAUAACAAAAUGCCAAA